AUGAUCACUGCGUCUGUGGGCGCGGGCUCGAGUCUGCUGCUGGAGCCGGCGCGCGAGCUGCUGUUCCCGCUGCCCGACGCCGCGUCGGAGCGGCGACCCCGCUGCUGCCUCUCGCUGACCAACCUGUCGCCACUCAAUGACGUCGUCUUCCGCGUGCGCACACGCAACCCGGACGCGUUCACCGUGAGCCCGACCCACGGGCUGCUGGCGCCCGGCACGAGCCUGCAGGUGGUCGUGAAGGCCACUGCUCGCACCUGCGAGCGGCUGACGGCCAUGGACCCGCGGGACUUGAUGACCCGCCAGUCGUCCGAGCUCUUCCUCGUGCAGAGCGUGGAGCGAGAGGAUACGCUGGAGCCGUUGAACGCCAGCUCCAGCUCGUCGCUGCGGGCGUUCUGGAAGAAGGUGUCGAGAGAUUCCAUCACGGAGAACAAGAUGGUGUGUCGCUUCAAGGCUGCGAUUCCGGGGUUUCCUCCUCCUCUUCCUGCGUCGGAGAUCACUCAGGAUGAUAAACUGUUCUCGAGAAGUAUGAGCAGUGCGAGUUUGGACUCGAUGGAGUAUCGUUCAAGUCGCGAUGAUGGUAGACGCUUGAGUUUGAGUCGGAGGGAGUCCCGCUCGAGUCGAAGUCGAAGUGGAAGCAGCAGCGAGCGGAGCAGACUCAACCGAUCGUUUAGCAACCAGUUCACGCCGCCUGAAGAGAUGCGGGGAGAUAGCGACGGCAGCCGCAGCAGCAACCACUCGUUCGCCAGCGAUGCCAGCUUCCACACGACGAUCGAGCCUCCCGUAAUGGACCGAAGGAGACUGCGGGACUCAGUGCUCACUAGCAUCAGUGUGAACGACGGCUCUGUUAGCGACACGAUGCUGACUGCGCUCUCUACUGACACGGCGGCAGGGGAGGCGACCCACGAGCUCGGUCCGCUGCAGUACCACAUUCAGCCCAGCAACGUGCUUUCGUUCAAGGUGAAAGCCGCACCGCGUUUUUGGGGAGGCACUUCUCUAUUUGUAGUGAAUUCGAGCCAAAAGGACUGCCUCACCUUCAAGGUGCGAACGUCGAAUCAAUCGGGCUAUGUUGUGAAACCUAGCAGGGGACUGGUGUCGACGACGAAUGCACAGGAAGUCUUCGUGUCCCUGUGCGCUCCACGCGACGAAGACAGUUUCGACCCAGCCAAGCGCGAGGCGAAAGACGGAUUCAUGAUCGAGGUUGCCAACAUUUCGCGUGACAAGUACGACGACUUGAUGAAGCUAGACGAGCGGAAGCGCUCGCGCGAGAUCAGUUCUCUAUGGUCGUUUAUGCCUCGUCGUGACCGUCAGUCGACGAUGCUGUCGGUCUCGUUCAAGAUGGAUGGAAGCGAUAGUGGCAGCAUCACCCGCGAGAGUUCUGCCUCUCCGCCCGCAAGACCUCAAGCGCAAAGCUUGAAGACGGUCGUCCAGGCAAUGGGGAAGCUUUCCACUUCGUCCUCAACGGAGUCGCCUGAGAGCACAUCUGAGGAAAAGCCUGGGUCACGGUAUCAAUAUUCCGAUUCGGACGAGUCAGCGUUCACUAUUGGUCCUACCCCCGUGCCCACUGAAGUCGGCGAUGAUAGUGACAGCGACGCUGGCGGUGUAGCCUACGGUUCAGCAUCCAACGCCACGAAAGAUCCCGCGGUGAUUGUUGUCUCGGCUGACAGAAUGGACACUGUCGACUUCUCCAACCCGAAGCUGUCCUUCUUUAUUUAG